AUGAAGGCAAACUGUCCAUGCGCGCAGGUUUCUUUAUGUGGAAUGAAUAUUUAUAAUCAUUUAUUCCCACUCAAGUAUAUGAUUCCAUGGACAAACGUGAUUCACGUAUGCACUUGGCGUCCCCGAGCUAAUCUACACUUUUUGUUUGCGUCACUGUUACAAGGAAAGAUGGACAAAAAAGCAUGCGAAUCGGUUACUUGCGGGCGGUUGUCGCUUGGCAUCGAUGUCAAAUACCCUUUGAGUCGAGGAAGUACGCGUCUUCGCUUCCUGACACUGAAAGCACAAGUCGAAAACGGAACAAGUCGGCUUGUUGCGCGUUUUGUCUCCAUAUGCCCUCCACACAUCUGCAUGAGGAACGCUGGCACGUUUUUACGUCAAUGGGGCAGCCAGGCGGACCUACGCAGAUAUGCUUGCAAACAAAAUGUGGGUCAAUGCCGUCUUUGCGGCCCUGGUGACAGAUCGCAGGUGAGGGACGCACGCGACACCAGAAGGAUCCUCGGUCGAGACCGAGAGAUACACUAUUUUUAG